CGCUUUGAGGCUCCUCAGCUCUGGUGGUUCAAAUUGACUCAAAUAUCACCGCAGUGAAGACACACAAUGGACCAGAACAUACCACGGACUCACUGUUGAAAGACUUAAUGUGUAUGCUACACACUGUGCAGCUUUUCCCGGUGUGAGGACAGAGAGAUACUACACAUAGUUCGGACAGACUCAUUUCUUUUCUUUUCCAACUUUCUGCCAGUGACACAGAUUGUUAUCGGACAUCGAUCUGCAUCACUUGAGAGCUCAUCAUGCCUCCCACAACCCCGUAUGCUGGAAAGUUCAGCUCUUGUGCUUCAUACAGCAACAACAACAACCAUCCUCAGCCUCAUAGUCCUUAUCGCAGCUGCAGCACCCCAAAACCAGUGAAGGACAGCGUCUACAACUGUGCCUACUCAGCAGCAGAAAACCCCUAUGACAUCCCACAGCCUCGCAGUACGUACCGUAGUUCCUCUGUCUCUUCUGCGACCAUGAAGGAGCAUCAUUACAGCAGCAGCUGCGCAGGUUCAGAGAAUCCUUACUCCUCACCUCAGCUUCAGAGCCCUCACCAGCACAGCACUUCCUGUCCAGGCCGUGCAUACCGUCACACCAGCAGCAGCAGUGGCAGCCAGCAGUCCUAUUGUACCAGCAGCACUGCAGCGAAAGCUCGACUUUAUGGACACGGCAUCACCGCAAGCUAUGGCGAGAUGUGUUACCAUGAUAACAGUUUGGUUUCAGCUUCCCUGGAGGCACUGAUCCAGCACCUGGUCCCCACAGUGGACUACUACCCAGAUAGGUCAUACGUGUUCACCUUUUCCCCCCUCUUCCUGCCCCCAUACGAGCUAAUGACGAGGGUUUGUCACCUGUGUGUGGAGCAGCAGCGGUCUGGAGACGCCCUGCUGGAUAAGAUCCGUUUCCGUGAGGUGGCACCUAAACUGGUGCAGCUGCUGACUGAGUGGACGGAGACAUUUCCAUACGACUUUAGAGACGAGAGGAUGAUGCGCUGCCUCAAGGACAUGACACACCAUGUGGCCCGAGGGGAUGAGUAUUCUUGGCGUGCCAUGCAGCAGAUGACCCAGCGGCUGAUCAAACGCCUGUCAGCCCUAGGCCAGUACGAGGAAGCUGUGGCUGCGCUUAACGCCGUGGCGAUGGAGCGGCCCGCUUCUCUGAGAAGCAAACAGGCCUCAGGUCAGAGAAGCGACGUACUGAGCAUGUGCGAUGACCCUUUUGUCCUCGCUCAGCAGCUCACACACAUAGAACUGGACAGACUGAGUUUUAUUGGCCCUGAGGAGUUCAUCCAGACAUUUGCCAUGAAGGAUCCUCUGGAGAACCAUAAGGGUUUCUUCCGGAAGCGUAAAACCAGUAACCUGGAGGCCUACAUCAGCUGGUUCAACAGACUGAGUUACCUGGUGGCCACUGAGAUCUGUAUGCCAAUGAAGAAGAAACAAAGAGCACGGAUCAUAGAGUUUUUCAUCAAUGUGGCCCAGGAGUGUUUCAACAUUGGCAACUUCAACUCCCUCAUGGCCAUCAUCACUGGGAUGAACAUGAAUCCUGUUGCUAGACUGAAGAAAACCUGGAGUAAAGUCAACACUGACAAGUUUGAAAUCCUGGAGCACCAGAUGGACCCAUCCAGUAACUUCAGUAACUACCGCACUGCGCUCCGUGGUGCUACCCAGAGGUCUGAGACUGCACACAGCAGCCAGGAGAAGAUUGUGAUUCCUUUCUUCAGUCUUCUCAUUAAAGACAUCUACUUUCUGAAUGAAGGCUGUGCCAGCAGGCUGCCCAAUGGGCACAUUAACUUUGAGAAACUGUGGGAGUUGGCAAAGCAAGUGAGUGAGUUCCUGGUUUGGCGUCAGGUGGUUUGUCCAUUCGACAGAGACCGCCGAAUUCUCCAGUACCUCGUAACCACCCCUGUCUUCAGUGAAGACGAGCUGCAUCUGGCCUCAUAUGAAAGUGAAGGGCCCGAGAACAACAUAGAGAAAGACAGUCGUCGUUCUCUUAGAUCCUCCCUUCUGCAUCGAGAGAAUCGGUCUUAAGAGAAAGGCUGUCUCCUCUGCUCUACAGACUCUAAAUUAGAUGUUUUAAAGCUACAGAUUCCUCCACACUAUCUUAUGGACAUAUUUUAUCAAUCCAAUAGCCAUGGACUGGGACAAACACUGAUAUACAGAGCAACAAAUGCAACUGGGCCCAAACUCUCACACAUAAACAUAUCACUGCUUUUUGGGCUUUGAGAUCACUAGGAGCACACAUAACUGGUAAAUCAAACACUAUAACAAUCUGUGAUGAAAUUCAUCUAGUGCCAAAGAAUGACAUCUGUAGUUAUUACUGUAGCCCUCUGUUCUACAAAUCAUCAUGGACUGAAGUCAUUUUGGGACCUAAUGGCCCACCAGGACAGCUCAGAUUAAUGACUGCAUCAUCAGCUGUACUUCUUCUUCAGCAUCUCCUCUAAGGCACUUACAAGCCGCCAGACGACUCCAAAAUUAGCCAAAAGUGUAUGGAUUUUAUUUUUAUCUCCAGUGGCCCUUCAUCAUGGUUGUAGUGUAAAAGGACUCAAACUGUGGACUCAUGAAUGGUUGUCUGAUUCAUAAUUUUGGAUGUGACUGGCUAUACUGCAGUAUUAGCACUGCUUCUCUGUGGAUAUUUUGGUUCAAUCAAAAACCACAAAAGAAGAGUUGGUUAACACUGAUUUGUAUUAUAAAUAAUGGGCUAACAGCUCCUUUUAGAAGUAGGAUUGCUACUUGUCAUCUUGUUGAGUGAUUCAUUUGAACUCCAAUAUUCAGAACAGAACAUUUGCUCCUAUUUUGCACAUAGCAGCAAUUUCUAUCUGUUUCAUAGUCAUUCAAGCCUUUUGUCUAAUUUGAAGGCUGCACAUCAGCCACAUAUGUGUUUCCAAACACAUUUUAGAGACAGUUUUUGUCAGCAAUGUGUUAUUUGGUUCUAGGCAUUUUGCGAUGUGUGCACUUUUGACUGCAUAUUGGUGAUGCAAAAUUGUGCAAGUGGCAGCAACAUUAUGCUAAUAGUGCAAGUUAAAUCAAAAUGCACUUCUGUGGUUUCUUGUGUAUUGUAUUAUAGGAUUUGACGAGUCCAACCUUAAGGCAUCUUUCUAUACAGUAUUAAGUUUAAUUUUGUAUCAGAAAA